AUGCUGGCUUUAUGGCAUGAGAACGACCGUUUCUCGUUUGAGGACUCUGACCGGUUUGAAGAGGAUUCACUAUGUACAUGGAGCAGUGAACCUGAAUCUGCUUGCAUAAACUGGAGAGGAUGGAGGAAACCGACCGAACUGAACACUGAGGACGAGCCUAGAAAUGUAGUUAAAUCACUGGUUGAAUUAGCUGCUCAAUGUGUCGCUCUAUUCAUACCUUAUGAACUUGUUGAACAAGAGUACCCACCUGUACCAGAAGAACUUCAGCUUCGUAUUGCCUUUUGGAGUUUUCCCGAUAGCGAAGACGAUAUUCGCUUGUAUUCGUGUCUGGCCAACUCAAACUCCGACGAAUUUUUACGUGGUCAGAAUUUAUACACAUCCAACGCUGUUAAAGACUCUGUACAAAUAGGAUUUCAUUUGAGUGCUAAUGUACAUCAUGGUGGCCGCAGUGUGUUCAAUGUGGCAAUUACAUUCGACCGAAAAAAAAUAACAACAUGUAAUUGCACUUGUGAACCCAUGUCAUAUUGGUGUUCUCAUGUGGUUGCUGUCUGUUUACAUAGAAUAUACUGUUCUGAUGAAGUUUGUUUGAGAGCACCUGUUAGUGAAAGCCUUUCCCGACUAGAAAGAGAUCAACUACAAAAAUUUGCACAGUAUCUGAUUAGUGAGUUACCUCAACAGAUAUUACCUGCUGCACAACGAUUACUGGAUUCACUGUUGUCUUCACAACCAACUGCUAUUAAUUCUACAAGUGGAGCACCAGAUCCAACUGCAGGUGCAUCUGUGAAUGAACAAACAACUUGGUUUUUAGAUGAAAAAACAUUGCACAACAAUAUUAAAAAAAGUUUGAUCAAAUUUUGUGUUCCUUCACCCUUAGUUAUUAGCGAUGUAAACAUCUUAUCACAAUCUGUUCCCCCUGCUACUGCAGAAUGGGCAAAUCUAUUGCGUCCAUUACGCGGUCGUGAGCCUGAAGGAUUAUGGAAUUUACUAUCAAUUGUGAGAGAAAUGUUUCGUAGAAAUGACGAGAAUGCUUUACAUCUGUUGGAAGUGCUGACAGAAGAAGCUAUUGCAUGUGAUCAAAUCAUGGUUUGGUGGUUUAACACAAGAGUAGCAUUACAUAGCGGAGGAAGUGGAGGAACUAAGCAUACUGGCCCAGCUGGCAAUACCAACACAGCAUCUCAUGCUUGCGCUUUACUUUGUGAUGAAAUGGUAACUCUGUGGCGUUUGGCCGCUUUAAAUCCAAGCAUUUCACCUGAUCAUAAAACUUCAUUAAAAAUAAAAUUUAAAGACUGGCAAGAAAAAAUAUUCACUAGAGUGAUGAAACACAGAAAUUUGUCAAACAGUAAAUCACUAAAUAAUUUUCGCCAAGAUACAGAAAUUUUUGUGGGAUUCAAACCUGCUUGUGAAGCUUGUGACCUAGACUGGGUAAAUUAUCCAAUAGCUGGAAUCACUUAUGGGACUAAUUGCUGUUGUGAUGAUGGUUCUUGUGUGCACAUUAAACGGACAGGAACAGCUACACAUUUUAUGGGAGACCAUAUAAACUGGAAUGAAUGCAGUUCAUCUGCAAGAGGGAAUUCUUCUCAAAUAUGCUUAGAUGAAUGUUUCUUGGAUUUAAAGAAUAAUCGACAUUUGCACUUUGGAAGUAGGACACAUCGAUAUGAUUACCGUACCAGAUGUAACAUGAUUCGCAACCAUAUGCCAAAUAAUGAGAAUAGAGCAAUGACAAAUGUCUACUGGGUGCAUAUGCCAAGAAAUAUAUCAUUACCUCCACCGGAUGAUGAAAACGCAAGCAAUAAUACCACUAGUCCUGAGGAAUUCUCAACUAAUGAGUCUUUAAGUGCAUCAGCAAGUUGUACAAAUUUUAAUGCAUCUACAAGCUCCUCGUCUAGUACCCAACCCAGUACACCUCAUCAAAUCAAUAGUACAUGUAACACAUCUGAAAGCUUGAGUAGCGAUGAAGGGGAUCGAAUAGCUGCACAAAAGUCUACUUCUUCCCAGACUAUCACACCACCUGAUAUGGAUGAAUACAAUUUCCUUUACUUAUAUAACCCAAAAGACUUGACAUCAACAAUAUCCUCAGAUUUUGUUGCUAAAACAAUAAAAGAUCUUGAUCAUCAAAUGCCUUCGACAUCCAAAAUACCUGCUACACCUAUUACUCCAUUAGUAAAAUUAGAUGCAGAGUGGGAAACAAUGUUUGCAAGAGCAGAAGGAUUGUAUGGUUAUGGUCAUACGAAUGAAGCUUGUGUACUUUGUGUAAAGCUUGUUGACCAGUUUUUAAAAAAUCCACCUAAUUUUAUUAUUGAAAUACCGCCAUCAAUGAUAAAAGGAAAACGAAAAAAAAUUAAUCCCGUCAGUCACCACUUGUCUACAUUGGCAUCAGAAAUUCUACAAAAAUGCUAUUUUUUGUGCUCUGUUUUAGCAGAAAGGAAAGAAUAUUAUUUACAUGCAUUUAAAAUUGGUUUAUAUGGAUUGGAGAUGCCAAGACUGCCUGCUAGCACAAAGCCUUUAGAAGUUAAAAUGGCUCAUCAAGAAGGAGAAAUAUUAAAUCAUUUAAAACGCAUGUUGCCAUUAGGUAAAGAACAAGUGAGCAUUCUCCAAAAUAGGGCAAAACUUUUACGUGAAGGUCAAUAAAAAACACGUGGUGAAUCGUUAUUGCCAUUAAAUUUGGCCUCAUUAAUUUUCGAGUGUUUGGCGAUGUGUCAGUCACCUACGCAAGAUAAAAUCGGUGAUGAGACUUUAGGUUUUGAAGCAUCUGUAGCCGCUUUAGGUAUGAAAGCGAACAUAAGUGAAGCGGAUCAUCCAUUGCUCUGUGAAGGAAUUCGAAGACAAAGGGGUGAUUUGGCAACAAAUAUAUUAAUCCGUUAUAAGAAUAAUCCUACUCGUUUGGCUUUGGCUAUGGACAAACUAUUGGAUAGAGAAGUUCAUCCAUUUUUACAGUCAGCAAUGGACUCUUGUUGGUAUCAAAUAAGAGAUCCUAGGAAUUUACCAUUAAUAGCCAUGAAGAAUGUUGCAAACAGCAAUAUUCAUAAUCAACCACUACAAUGUCACAAUCCAAAUGUAACCAGUGUUCCUGGAGAGUUGGACGCAAACAUAGCUGUUAUGACGUUAAAUCCCAUACCGCCUCAAUCGUCUAGUAGUUGUAAUGUAGGAUUAUCCUCUCAUAGGAAAGAUAAUAACAGAUAUAAAAGUAGCAAACGUUUAUAUCCCAGUCAACCAAACCAAGCUUCCGAAGCAAAUGCUCACUACUUAUUUGAAUUGGGUAAAACGAUUCUGAGCAAAGUAGGUGGGCCGAUACAAACUACAGUAUUUUCACAACCUCCAUUACCUACUCAACCACAUCGUGCACUACACAUGUGUGCAUUCCAAUUGGCCUUGUAUUCUUUGGGUCUUCUCAACCGUGUUACGCCCAACUGGCGAAGUCGCAACUAUUCAUCUCAAGUUACAUGGAUUGCUGAUCACGCAAUGGAAGUAGGUGCACCAGCCACACUGUUCCUACUAGGUACAUGGGAUGGUCAUUUGACACCAACCGAAAUAGCAAAUAUUGCUGAUAGAAUGUCCAGGAGUCAUGAACGUAAUACUGUCGAGGCAGCAGCACAAUUGGCAUUGUCAUGUUUAAAACAUUCAGUUGCUCUCAAUCCAAACGAAAUAACAAGAGCUAUAAUACAGUGUAAAGAACAGUCUGAUCACAUGAUGGAAAUUGCUUGUCUCACUGUAGAAAUGGCAGCCAAAGGUGGAGGAGUUUUUCCUGAAGUUUUAUUUAGUGUAGCAAAACACUGGUUUGACUUAUAUAUGAGGAAUUCCAAUCCAGACGAGGACAAUUACAUGCUACAAGUUGAUCCCAGAGAAGAAUUCAAAUGCCCUUAUGUUUAUCAAGCCAACUAUUCAAUGUCAGUUGACACUUCCCAACAACCACCUCCUCCUCUAUAUGCGCAUCAAUUGAUGGUGCCACCUCAGACAUCUCCAGCUCAUGUGUACCAACUAUCAUACUUUCCUAACCAAUCAAUUCCUCAAAAUUCACCACCACUCAAUACUCAACAGCCCAAAUUAAUGUAUUAUCCAUAUCCAUCUGUGUCUACAUCAAACCAAUACGCACAACAGUACUAUUCUCCAUACAUACAUCAAACUCCUGUGCAGUAUCAAAAUGCAAAUCCUCAAAGGCAACCACAGCAAGGACCACCGCAAUAUUUUGUUCAGCCUACUAAUCAAAUCAGAACCCCACAGCAACAAGCAGAAGCAAAUAUUAUGUCCAACCUUCCACCACCAAAUUUCAGACAAAUUCAUCAUUUGACAUCAGCGUACCGUGUUGGGCUUUUAGCUUUAGACACGUUGGCUAGACGUGUCCACGAACCUAAUCAGGCAAAAUACUCUAGAAACCCACCAUUCAGAGAAGACAUACAAUGGUUAUUGCGUUUGUCAAAGAAACUAGGACCUAAUUACACUCAACAGUUUUGUUUGGCUGUCACUAACAGUGUAGUGAAUCCUUUCACACUACACGAUGUUGCAAUGGAGGCUGUUAUGUAUAUGGCACAUUUUAAUCCCAGUCCUACCAUCUGCUCCACAUUGAGUCCCUUAGUGGAAAAGUGUCAUUCAAUGUAUAUUCAACUGUUACAUCAAAAGUUAUAUCAAUUGUCAGCAGCAGACUACGAAGAGUAUGUCGGAAUACUCUAUUCUGCUUAUGGUGCAUUCGCUAUGACACCUGAAGGCGGUACCAUGUUCAAAGACUGGUUGCAGUCUGUUAGAAGAUCUAAAUCGUGUAAAAAAGAACUAUGGACCAUGAUAACAAAUAUGCUACCCACUACAUGACAUUGGUGUUCUGAAGUAGUUGUAUUCUCCGAGGGCCGCGUUUCGCCCUAAACAACGAUAACAUAUAGCGAUUUUAGAUUUUUAUUUUUCUUAUUUUAAUUUUUAAACAAUUAUUCUCAGUUAAAACAAAAUGAAAACUCCAAUGAUUUUCCAUACUCGUACUGUGUUGACCUAAACCUAUGAAAUAACAAAUUUUUCAAAUGUGUUAGUUAAUUUUUUAAUUUUUUAAUUUUUUUUUUUUGUUCACCUAGCUAAUUUUUUGUGAAUUAUAUCUAUAUUAUCAUUAAUAUUGCGUUUACUCACAUUUGACUUUUUCUUACUUUUUUCUUUCAUUUUUAAUUAUUAUUAUUAUUAUUAUUACUAUGUUGAUUUUUAUUUCUUAUUUUUGAUUUAAUUGUGCGCGCAUUAAGUCCGUUACACUGUAUAAGCAUAAGCUGAAUAUUAUAAUAAGACUGUUUUUUUAUGUACUCAACACGUUCAAGUAUUACUAACAUCAUAGAUUUAGCUUAUGUUUAAGGCUUAAAUUAAAUUUAAAAAAAAAAAACUACAAAGACUUACUUAGGUAAUUUAAUUUGCAAAGAAAAGUUUUUGUUUGCCUUUCAUUCCUCCCCUAUUCAGGACUACUUACAUAAACAAUAUUUAAGAUCUCUAGGCUAUUUACACGAUUGAUGGCAACACAAACGUAGCAAAUUGUGUAAUAUAUUUUCCGUGUUGCCAUCACCGUAGUUAAUUUUGUCAAAAAAAAAAAAAAACAUUCACUCUAUUCAAUU